AUGUCGACAGAUAUACCCAAUGGUCAUGAAGAGGAUCAACCCCUCGAGGUCGAAACGCAAACCCAGACGCCCGGUGCUGGACCUUCAAAAUUGCCUGACCCAGUGGUAGCAGUAAAGUCAGAUAUUGACGAGGAUGUAGACGAGGAAGAGCAAGAUAGAAUAUCUUUUCUGAAGAAGCAAGCUGAGUAUCUUGAGCUGGAGCAAUCGGUGAAUUCAAGUACUCAACUGCUCUCAUCACUUGCAUCGUACCUAUCCACAUUCCAAAACGAUCUAUCGGCAGUAUCAGGUCAGAUAUCGGACUUACAAGGGAGGAGUUCAGAGAUAGAUUCUCAGUUGAAGGGAAGAAAGACAAUCUUACCACCUCUCAACGCCUUAUUAUCAGAUAUAACCCUCCCCCCUUCCCUUGUCCUAACCCUUCGAGAUACUUUACCAGCCCAGAAUCCAGACCUGUGGUUAUCCGCCAUAAUCCAAUUCGAUUCAAAGAUCCAACUUAUUUCCAGUCGUUCCUCAAAAGUAAAAGCUGUACAGGAACUAUCCCCCAUAAUCGAAGGAUUGAAAUUAAAAGCUUUAAACGUCUUACCGCCAUUUUUGUUAGGGUUGAUCAAACCUUUGAAAUCAGCUUCUAAAGGUCUAUCAACCAAUCUAGCAGUAUUGCAAACUUCCUUGUUACUGAAAUAUCAACCAUUCUAUCAAUUCUUGUUGAAAAAUUCACCAAAGAUUGCUAAACAGGUUGAAAGAGGUUAUGUCACAUCGGCGAGAUCAUAUUACGAAACUGGAUUUAGAAGGUAUGCUAGAUCCCUGGGGAUGAUCAAAAGUAGGAUAAAUGAAAAACAGGAAUUGAUAGGUUCUUUGAAUCACUCGGAUAUAAUGGCGCAGAACAUAUUGAUGAAUGGUCAACAGGAAGGGAAUAGUAGUAGCAAUAUGGAGAAGCCAGAAGAUAGGUUGAGGUUUAAGGAUUUGGAUGUUGAAGGUGAAGAUGCAGCUGUUAUCUUGGGUUAUAUGGCAGACGAAAAGGAUUUUAAAGCACCUAUCGAAGCUUUAUUCCGAUCCCUCGCAUUAGUCUUACUAGAUAACGCUUCUUCAGAAUUCACAUUCAUCGUUCGUUUCUUCGCCAAAUCACUCUCAUCCUCUUCUAUUCCUUCAAAUGCUGGCGCCGGUGUUAGAUCACCGAUUGAGACUCCCCUGGAAUCUUCACCCAAUCCAUCGUUCGUCGAUCUCAUGUCUGAUACUGGACGCUCUACGUCCACGAGACAACGUAAAGGUGUAAACGAAAUUAACGAUAAUCUAAAAGAUGCAGAGAGGAUAUGGCACGAGGUAUUCGAUUCUUCCCUUGAAUACACGACGAAUUUCUUCAAUUCCAUCAUUUCGCCUUCAACCUCUUCAAGCUCGAUACCAUCGGUGGUAUCAUUAUUGACGAUUAUCCGGUUGAACGAUAACCUAAUACAAUGUUCAGAUUCCAGAGGAUGUCUACCGCUAAUCACAUAUUUGAAUUCGUGGAAAUUGAAUUUAUGGCCUGUAUUUAGGAAAGAGAUGGAUCAUCAUAUCAAUUCUUUGAAGAGUCUCGCAGAUGAUUUGGAAGGUAAGAAUUUGAUAUCGUCUUUUGGACUAGGGUUGAAAACGUUAAAGGAUAAUCAUGUGAGAGGAAUUGCAAAGAGGUAUGGUGAGAUGUUUAGUAGAACGGUAUGCUUGAGUACUCAAGCUGAGGAAGUGAUGAUUUUCUCGAGUAUGACACGACUCCGAAACGAAUUGAUAAGAAUCCUCACUUCUCAAAGUAACAAGAUUAAAUCUGUACCCGAGAGACAUUCCUUCUUAUCUUCCAUUUAUGAGAUUAUCAUGCACGAGUUGGUCAGUGGACCAGGUCAGACGACUCAUCCGAAAUUACAGAGCGAAUUGUCGUAUUUCAGAACGAGGGAGGAAGAAGCUAGAAGGAGGAUAUCGGCGUAG